UUUAUAUUUUUAUUUCUGGGGGCACCGUUUUGAUCAAGUGCAUUGAUGCCUCCGCCCAUUGCAAGAAUGCCACCUACCUAUGUGAGCAGAUAGAGGAGGUGAUUGAUGAGGUGGGUGAGGAGAAUGUGGUAUAGGUGGUGACCGACAACGCAACAAAUUAUGUUGUUGCAGGUAGACUAUUGAUGGAGAGGCACCCAUCUAUAGUUUGGACUCCAUGUGCCGCCCAUUGCAUUGACCUCAUGUUGAAGGAUAUUGGAAAACUCCCAUGGGUCAAGAGAUGUGUAGAAAGGGCGAGAAAUGUGUGCAAAUUUGUAUAUAAACAUUCAUGGGUGUUGGCUCUUAUGAGACAAUACACAGAGCAAAAGGAGUUAGCUCUUCCAAGAAUCACAAGAUUUGCCACAAACUUCAUCACAUUGCAAUCCAUGCUUUGCUGUAAGUCGGCCUUGAGACGUAUGAUUGUUGGUGAGGAGUGGUCUUCCUCAUCCUAUGCUGCCACCCCUGCAGGGAAAGAUAUGGCAGAUUGCAUUUUUGAUGAGCGAAACUUUUGGAUCGCUUGUGAUGAGAUAGUGAAGUUUGUUAAGCGCUUGGUGGUUCUGUUGCAAGUUGCAGAUGGAGAAAAGACCGCAGUGGGCUACAUAUAUGAGGGCAUGGAUAGGGCGAAGGAGGGCAUCAAAUCGGUCUAUGAAGGAGAUGAGAGCAAGUAUGGUCCCAUUUGGGAGAUCAUUGAUAGGAGAUGGCAUCAUCAGCUUCAUAGGCCCAUCCAUGCAGCAACCUAUUAUUUGAAUCCGACAUUCCAUUUUAUCCCUACUUUCAAGGCUGAUGUGGAGGUCCUUAAUGGGCUAUAAUGGGCUAUACUCAAUCAUGGAGAAGAUGGCACCUGCUGGUUCUACUCAGACAAAGCUUAUUCAAGAGCUACAGUUGUUCUCAAAUGCACAAGGGGAGACCACCUCUCGUCCUAUCGCAAAAGAAAGUAGGACAACUAUGAUGCCAGAUAGUUGGUGAAGCUUUUUUGGCCCAAUGACACCAAAUCUUCAAAAGUUGGCCAUUCGCAUCUUGACCCAACAAUGCAGCGCAUCUGGUUGUGAGCGCAAUUAACAGUAUGUUUGAGCACAUACACUUCAAGAGGCGCAAUAGAUUAUCCGUGGAGAAGAUGAAUGAUCUCGUCUUUGUUCACUACAAUCUUCGCCUGAGAAUGAGAAAGAAUGCAUUAGUUGACAUCUCUCCUAUCAUUCUAGAUGAGGUUGAUCCUAAUGCAGAGUGGGCCAUUGAGACAGAUCCUGUGGUUGUCUUUAGCGAUCAUGACACUGAUUGGAUCGACCAGGUAGAUAUAGAGGCCGAGGCUGUAGCCAUGGCAAAGGAGUGGAGAGCACGAGUAGAGACAGGAGAUUCAGAGGCAGAUACUGAUAGUGACACCGAUGUUCCUAAUGUUGGUGAGCAUGGCAUGGUGUAACGGGGAGUGGCUAUGGCUGCCGAAUCAUCCAGGACCUACCUUAGACGCCUUUGUAGGGGACCGGGGCCAGAGGGUGUACGCUCCUCUGAGCUAUAGGCUUGUAGUUGUAUUUACCUUUGGUAUUUGUAUGGAUCAUUUGAUGAUGAU